AUGCCGCCGCGGUGCCCGCUGCAGCUGUCGUCGAUCCGGGACCUCUUGGCAGUGAUCACCUCUUUCUCCUUGCUGUCCCUGUACGUCACCUAUCACCUGGGCUUCUCGGCUGGGCGACUGCACGCCUCGGACGGCAGUUCUAGUGUCAGCCGCCAGGAGUCUCUGACUUACCGGGACAGCCACGCGGACUCAGCUUUCCGCUCGCCUCAGCUGCUGGACCUGCUGUUCAAGAGCUCUCGCAGUUCUCCCAUGUGGCAACUGCUUGGAGUUGUCUCUGCCUGUCCCUCAGCUGUUACUGCCGCGUCCCGACGGCGUUCGGUUCUUGUUCGUCCUCAAACGGUCCAGAGAGUUCACAGCGCGUCGCUUCUAACCACAACAGGGUCUCUUCCGCUUCAACGUUCAUCAUCUCCACCACCUCUCACUUCAGUGCAUGUAACCUCUGAAGAUGAAACGGCAUUGUUAAAUACGAGGGAGAGAAAGGUUGACGGAUUUGGGAUGGCAGGGGCUGAGUCAGGAGAGGAAUCAGAGGAAGCCGGAAGGAGGAUGGAUCAGGAAGUGCAUCGGCUGGCUCGAGUGGGCGUGGAGAUGGGAGAGCUUGGAAACCUUGAACAGCGGCACACGUGGGUGGGGCAGCCCUUGGCAGUGAUACGGGGGCGCAGACCUCUGGUGCAGCGUGCUCUGGGGUUCUACACCCAAGUGUUACGCAACCAUGGCUUCUCUGUGCGUGUAGAAGACGCCGCUGUGCCGAACAUUUCCAGAUCAGAGCACCUCACCAACUGGACACUCCUACUGUGCUUCGCCUUCUCCGACGGGGACCCGGAGUGUUUCUCGAGAGAAGAGUUCCGGACCAUGGGCCCUCUCCAGAGAGUGAACCGCAUCCUGGGAGUGAAGAGCGUCCUCUGGAGGCGUCCGGGCCUGUGCAGAACGGCGAGCCACCUGUCCGCUCUGACGGCCGUGGCGUCCCGCCCCAUCACACCCGCCUGCUUCGCGCUGCCUGAACAGUACGAAGAGUUCCUCAACAUUGCAGACGGUCCGGGAUUCAACAGCUCGUGGCUGCUGAAGCCGUCACUUCCUGGCGCCAGAUUCGAACACCUGUCCACGAUGGAGAUCUUCAGCAGAGUUCGUCUCAAAGAAACAGCUUCCGUCGGCGUGCCACCUCAGGAUGAAGGUUUUCAGGAACGAACGCUGAGAAAUGACAAGUGCACGCACGCUAGAAGUGCGUGGAGUGGGGAGUGGGGGACUGUGUACAGACCUCGCUCCAUUCCAGGGAAAUGGUGGUUAGCUUCACAGCUCUGGCAACACGUGGCGGCCACGCAGGGUGGCAGCGCCGUCAAAAUGGCGCUUGACAACACCGACAUGCUUCUCGUCCAGCUGCUUCUGGGCGCGGAGGCGUUCCUCCUGGUGCAAAUUGCGAGCCUUCCGGCCGCCGCGGGAUCUCGCCCCAGCCAGAACAGGUGUGAGCACUGUUUCCAGUUGCUGGCCGUGGAGCUGAUGUACAAUUCGUCCUAUUACCCUGUGGUGUUGGGGGUGAGUGGUCAGCCUAGUAUAGGGAUGGAUUCCUUCAACAACACAGCCCAGUCUGUCUUUUUGGGUGCCGGAUCCGGAAGUAGUCGAACUCAGGACCAUGUGCGCCAGGCUCUCUUCUCGGACGUACUGAGGCUCUUGUUCUCCACAGACUCCGUCCACCGUAGUGUGUUCGACUCUCUCCAGAUGGCUGCCGGAUCGCUGAAUACUGGGGUGACUGGAUUGCAGUGCCUUAUUUCACACGAUUUGUGUCUCACUGAAGACGAUCUGGCGUCACUUCUCGCGUCGCGACGAGAAAUGCUCAAUACAGGAAACUUCAGGCGCCUCUACCCGACUGCAUCAGGAAGCCGAUACUCAGGAUACCUGCAGGAACUUCAGUCACUUAUGCUGCAGGACACAGACAAUAUAUUCCAGCCCGCAAACUCCCUCUUCAGGGAGACGCUGAGGCACAGCACGUCGGACUUGCACGCGAUACAGACGCGUCUGGAGCAGAUUCUCGAUCCCCGACAGUUGGCCAGUGGCGACACCGUCGAGGGGGAGCCGGAACUCGAGGUGCAGGACGAGUAUUCGUACCCAAGUGAGACCCGCUUGCCGUCCAGAGAUCCCUCGUCCAAGGAGUCUUACGGAACUUCUGGCAAGACAAUUUCAGCACUUGAUUCUGAAUUUGAAGGAGGCCACAGAACACAAUUUCUACAGCCGAAAAAGGCACUGAACACCACGCUGGGGCUAGGCCCCAACAGGAUCUCCGUGCUCUUGCAGGACACGCUGACCGGGGCCAUCCUGAACACCUACGUGCUGACACUGCGCAGAGAGAAGGCGGCAGAAGCGGAGCCCAAGUUCGACACCAGCGCCACGUACGCAGUGUGUGGACUGCGCCAGGAAUGUGAGAACCGGAUAUCCCCUGAGGAGCCUUGCGGCUUGCAUCAGGAGGAAGCUCCAGGCGUCGUCACGUGGCCGCAAACUCAGGCGGUCCUGGAGAGGCUGCCGCUGUGUAGGGAGGGCGAUGCAGUCGGCCGCUGGCUCCUGCCUUGUUCCUCUUGUUCCUACAGAGCGUCUUGCAUUUGGAGUCAAAUGCGAUGGCAGCCAUAUUCCUGCUCGUACCGCCGUCUGGAUAGACAGCGCCUUGCUGCAUGCCUGCGUGAUAAAAAGUUGCUCUUCAUUGGAGACUCCACGAACCGAGGCAUGAUGCACUACAUCCUGGAGCAGCUGAACGGUUCGCUGUCUGCGUGCGACAAGACGCACCACAUCCGCGUGUACUCCAGCCUCAACCAGGGCCACACCACUCUCAGCUUCGCAUACUACCCACAGUUCUGGCUGGCAGCACCCGAGCGGCCCGUUUUCGACAAAACUCUGUACCAGCUGCUACUCAAGUCUCAGCCUCUGCAGAACACAAGCAACACUGUUGUCGUUGUCGGCGGAGUUCAUUGGCUGGCCACGCAGCACCUGCACACUCUUCUCCGAGUCCUCAGGAGGGAAGGGUUACAGCACGCCCAUCUUGUCGUGAAGACCCUGGGUUCUGGGUUCCAUAUCCCAGCUGAAGGUGUUCACUACCUUUCCAGGGCUGAACAGAAGAGGCUGCUGAAACACUCGAUGGGCCUGGCCGCUUUCGCUAAGCACCACCACAUGGACGUUGUGGACACCUUCAACAUGACCGCAGCCCGCUACAAGGAUUUCCUGCAAGGGAAAUGCGCGUGUCACUUCCACAAGUCCUUACAGGAACGAAAUCGCCGCAGAGCACAGGUUCAGACAGCCCCAUCUGCAGAACUGGCCUUCCUUGUGAGGCCACUACGGACUGACUCGGUUCCGACUGCAAGGGAACACAGAGUUGAGCUACUGUACUGACUGCGUGUGGCUGCGUGCACUUCGUCCGUUCGUCCGUCCGUCCGAGAGGCCUGAGAGCGUUUAGCCGCGCUUACAGGGCAGUGAACACGCCGCGUGGCGGGCGGGUACCCGGGCCUCAGCUUCUCAGACACGUCCCGUGCGCUGCUGGCAAGGACUGCAACUGUGUAACACGUCAUGAAGGGACCAAGAGGAGUUUCAGAAAGUAGCAGAUCUCAACAGUGCCAUUUUCAAGCCAGGAUAAACAUGUUGCAAUGCCCUAGCUGAGCUGGGCAUCGAGGCGUCUACCAGACCUGCAGUACAGCCGUCGAGAUGCACUUGGAGGGACAUAACACGAAUGAACAUGCGUUAGAACCAAUCAAAGCGGGAGCAAAAUUGGGCACACUUUCUAAAUACGAAGCCAACUGGGUCCAAUUUGUCAGCACACUUGGCCAGACCUUCAAAACAUUUGCAUCUAUAAACAGUUAAAGGCCCUCGAAGAGAAUUUCGGGCGGAUGGGUCCACAUAGCUGUUCCCUAGCAACGGCUGUUACUUGGCGAUGGGUCUACAUGUCACAAUAUACACAAAUGUCUGCGGUUCGUAAGGCAUGCACAUAUCUGCAGCUGACAUCGGACAAUAGAACGGACCCAACCCCGGGCUUUAAGUCAGUGACUUCUAAAGUUGGAACAAAGGCGUCUUGAUAAUAUUUUUCAUUUCGUAACGGGUGUGUCUACUUCAAUGUAGUUCCGCCUUCUAUGCAACAUUAUUAUCUCUGUAAUGUGUCAUGAGAAAUUGUGUUAGUAUUUACUUUUCGUCAGAUAACUCUAAAUUGUGUAUUCUUCAUUUAGAAAAACUGCAAACACGGGUCGCAGCAGCGCGGAGGGCACAGCAGUUCCCCCCGAAUUGCAACGCACCU